GUGAUGGAAGGGUGGAAUUUUCCACAGAUAGCACUGAGAAAGUAAAAAUACCCGAAGAUAUUCUCAUAGAUAAUUGUGAUGAUCCAAUAUCUGGAAUUGUAGAAAGUACAUAUUUCAAUUAUUUGGAACAUUCUACUGAUAUGAAAUACCUUCAAGAAAGAGCAAUUUUUGCACCUACUCUUCAAAGGGUGGAAUCGGUGAAUGAUUAUAUGGUUUCUCUCAACUGUGGACAGGAGAAGUCAUAUUUAAGUUCUGAUAUAGUUUGCAUGUCUGAUCAUUCAUUUACAUCUUCAGGACAUGUGCAUAUACCUGAAUUCCUAAAUAGUAUUAAAUGCUCAGUUAUUCCAAAUCACUCUAUCACAUUGAAGGUAGGUGUUCCUGUGAUGUUGUUAAGAAAUAUAGAUCAAUCAACAG